CUCGCCUUGGGGGACCCUGAAUUGAGCCGAAAACGAGCAAGAAGAAAAGGGGGGGGAUCAUGCAAACUCACUCGAAAAGCUGGUUUCUGCCUCAUUCGUUUCCCUUCAUCACUCCACCGUUGUUGUCUCUGCUUCGUACCCAAUAGUCAUGAUAUCCGCAAAAUCUUCAUGGAUUCCGGAGGGACCUGUUUGCCGACCACUCUUCUAGUCUUCCAGAACACCAUUAAAGAAGAGCUGAUCAGGAGCGUGCAUGUCUACCGAAUGAGGGAUGGGAGGGAGAGCGAGGUUGAAAGAGAGUUUGUAUUUUCCCGAAGUGGCUCAUACGGGGAAAUGCGGGCUUCCCCAAUUCUUAGAUUACAGAAAUUUCGUGUUUCCGAAGUUUCUGAAGGGUAUCAGAAUGGAGUCUGGCUUUGUGUCUUUGCGUUUCACGCCGAUCACAAGCCUCAGUCUUCCUGCGUUCCUCCGUUGUUAUCAGUCGCGAGCAAUCCCAAGCUUCAGAUGAUCCCAAGAUUGCUUAAUGAUCUCCAUAUGAUACAUGAGUUGAACUGUAAAUCAAAAGAGAAUGAUAUGCUGCAAAUCUCUCCUGAUGAAAGAUUCCAAAGAAACAGCAAUAACAGCCAUCAGCCAAGAAAAAUUUUGCUCCAGGAUCUCAAUCGCCUUCCUUACCCAGAUGGCAUGUCUGAGUUACAAGACAAGGAAGCAGAUGAAGAAAGUUUAGGGAUGUCUGAGUUACCAGGGAAUGAAUCAGAUGGUGAAAGUUUAGACCCAGCUGAUUUACCAGAUAAUGACAUUAUUGACGAAAUUUUACAAGGUCGCAUAGAGAAGAAAAAGAGGGCAGCAAGUAAAGAUGUAGCAAGCAUUCUUUUAGCAGAUCUGGUGAAGUACUUUGAUGUGCCAAUUGUAGAAGCAUCAAGAAAUCUAAAAGUUGGACUUACUGUACUCAAGAGGAAGUGUAGAGAAUUUGGUAUUCCCCGCUGGCCUCAUAGGAAGAUUAAAUCGCUUGACAAUCUCAUUCAUGAUCUUCAGGAAGUGGCAGAAAAUGAAGAAAUAGAGGAUGAUGUUGCUGUUAUGGCAGUGAUGAAGAGGCAAAAGAUGCUCGAGUGUGAAAAAGAAGUUAUUGAGAGGAAACCUUCCAUCGACAUACAAAGAGAAACCAAGAGAUUCAGGCAGGAUGUCUUCAAGAGAAGGCACAGAGCUAGAGCUAUGACCAAACAGAACUCUAGGUCAAAAAGGUCAAAGAGUUGAAAAAACAAAAACAAAAACAUUUGAAAGCUGUAGAUCACUGAAACGUAUACAGCUCUGCUGAUAAUAAUUAUUAAAGCAUACUUGUUCCCUUUGACCUGGAGACAUUUGAAGCUCAGCCAACGCUAGGCAAUUUCCAGUCAGAAAUUCUAGUUGCUUUGGUAAAUUAGCAAGUGGCAACUACAGUGUCCUGGAACAGUGUGGGCUUGGACUUGGGGGCAGGAUUGCUCCUUCACAAGAGUGGAAAUGUUACAAAAUUUCCCUUUCAUUUA